GCUUCAUGGAGGUGCAGGGGCUGGAACUCUUCCGGAUCUUUUCCCUUACAAUUUUUGGACCGCUCAGUUGGACAGAUGGGAUGUUUCAGGAAUGUCAGAUAGAGUGAGUUCAUAGUAUACCUAAGGGAGGAUUGACAAAUCUUAAAUAGUAUCCAUCUGUUUUAGUAAUAAUUUACAGUAGGCUAGUACUUUGUUCAAUAAUAAUAAUAAUAAAUGCAUUAAGCUGGUUUGUUGAAUUGCUGCACUGUAUAGCUGUUAACAAGAGUGUUAUUUCUGUUGUUUUUAAUCUGUUUAUGACAUAGCUUACAAGUUUGGGUAAUUUUGCAUCAACUUUUGUUAAAACAAGGUUGCAAUGAGAAGUUCUUGAAUGUAAAACAUUUAAAAGCAAUUUUAAAUUAGCAUUUUGAAAAUUGUCCUGACCACAGUAGAGCUAAAAUGAUGAUCUAUGCAUAAAAUAGGAUGUUCAGGCUCUUUUUCACUGUCUCAACACUUCACUCGUUCUAGUCAGUGUUGACUGCAUGUGUUACUUAUUGGUGGAUAAAGUGUUCCUGGAGGUUAACCUAACCCUGCAUUAGUGGCACCGCCACAGUAACCACCUCCAGAUGUGCUCUCCGGCCCCAUCUCACACUUUAUUUACAACCAGCCCUAUCGUGACAUCACUCCCAUCCUCACGCCUUCCUUUAGUCUUUGCUCCUUCAAGUUAAUACUUAAUCCUUGUGACCCUUAAUCACAAGCUAGUCAGGUUUACAGGAGCGGACCUGCCUCAGUCUUGGGGAGAGUUUUCAACUUCCAAGUUCAGGCAAGAAACAACCAGCAAGAUGUCGAAAAAUUCUCUUAUGUCCAAGACGCUUGCUGCUGUUUUUGCCAUUUUGACGCUUUCUGUUAUUGGGAGUCUGGUGACAAUGGUUAUAGUCUACAAUAUUCAGUUACAAAAGCUGAAGCCAACACCACCACCAACGGCCCCAGUCACCACGCUGGCGCCACCACCAGAGAUGCGCCUCAGAGAGGACGUCCUACCCAGAAGCUACCAGGUCUUCAUCCAUAUUCCUCUCUACACCAGGAUCAUUGAAGAGGUUAAUGUAACCAGUCCCAACCAAACAUUUCUUUUUGAUGGGAAUGUCACUGUCCAUUUGGAAUGUGUCCAGAAAACCAAGACCAUCUUCCUUCAUAGCCGCAACCAGAAAGUUUUUAAACCAAUGGUGCACGACCUAAAUUCAAAUAAGCAGUUGGAAGUUAGGGACUAUACAUUGCACGAUGAUCAAUCUGAAUUUCUGGAGAUCAUAUUAAACGAUGCACUGGAGGUUGGAGGAAAUUAUAGUUUGUUCUUGGCAUUUAAGGGAGAAAUAAGCGACUCUCUCCAUGGACUGUUUUUGAGCUCAUACCAGGAGGGCACACCAGCACACGAAGAGGACACCAAUGUGUACAGAUAUAUGGUUGCCACCAACAUGCAGCCAACCGACACCCGGAAAGUGUUCCCCUGUUUUGAUGAACCCGCCAUGAAGGCCCGCUUUAACUUGACCAUUAUUCACAGAAGGGACACCACAGCUCUGUCUAAUCAGGAUGUAGCAGAUUCAAAUAUAAUAGACGAUGAGUGGCAGUAUACACGCUUCCAGCCCACAGAGGUGAUGUCCCCCUACCUGUUCGCCUUCACUGUGUCAGAGUUCAAAGCAAAAGACACUUAUCCUCCAAGCAAAAUCAAGACAUACGCACGCCCUGAGGCCGUUGAUGCAGGGCACACGGCUUAUGCAGACAGCAUCACCGGGAAUAUUCUCCACUUCUACCAAAACUAUUUCGACAUCCGUUACACCCAGAAGCUUGACCAGAUAGCCAUGCCGGACCUGGCCCCGUUGGGGAUGGAGAACUGGGGCUUGGUGACGUACCAAGAGUGGGCACUGCUAUACGAGGAGGGUGUGUCCUCUCACCUGCACAAGGAAAUGAUCGCGAGUUUGAUUGCACAUGAGUUGGCUCACCAGUGGUUUGGAAACAUGGUGACAAUGAAGUGGUGGAAUGAGCUGUGGCUCAAUGAGGGCUUCGCCAAUUACAUGUCCUAUCUGGCUGUAGACAAGGUCGCACCUGCCUUUAAAAUGAGUGACAAAUUUAUUGCUAAUGAACUACAUUCAGCAUUUGAAGCAGAUGCCCUGACCUCAUCACACCCCCUGACCCUCCCUGCAGCAGAGGUCCAGACCCCAGACGAGAUCAUGGAGAUGUUUGAUCGUAUCACAUACAGCAAGGGGGCUGUAGUGCUGAAAAUGUUGGCGGAUGUGUUGGGAGAAAGCGUGUUCCAAAAGGGCAUUAAAAUUUAUCUGGAACGCUUCAGGCUGAAAAACACUGAUCAAUAUGACCUCUGGGAUGCCAUGCAAAUGUCCGAGUCUGAAUCAGGUGGUUUUGUGGACGUUAAGACUCUGAUGGACACAUGGACCAAUCAGAUUGGAUACCCGGUCAUUACCAUCAACACCAACAGCGGAGAGGUCUACCAGAAGCAGUUCCUGUUGAAUGACACUUCUGAAUCAAACCUCUUAUGGGAAAUCCCUGUUAGAGUAAAAUCUGGCUCCGGUCAAUCAGCUCUGGAGUGGAUAUUGUUUGAAAAAGUCCAAAAGGACACAUUCAUAUCAAAGAAAGGAGAGUGGAUAUUGGCCAACGUGAACUGUACUGGAUACUACAGAGUCAAUUAUGAUCUAACAAACUGGCAGCGACUACUGAAUGAGAUCGAGACCAACCCUGGCGGCAUCCCACUGUUAAACAGGGGGCAGCUUAUUGAUGAUGCUUUUAACUUGGCAAGGGCACAGUUGGUCAGUGUGUCUCUGGCUCUGAACUCCACUCGUUUCCUGUCCAAUGAAACGGAGUAUAUUCCCUGGCAGUUUGCAGAGAAAAACCUGGACUACUUUGUCCUGAUGUUCGAUCGCUCCGAGGUCUACGGGCCCAUGCAGAAGUAUCUUCAGAAUCAAGUCACAGCGCUGUACAAUUACUACAAAAACUACACAGACAAUUCAACUGUCCCACCUGACCCCACCUCACAGAGCAGCCAGAUACUUGCCGUCAAACUGGCCUGUUCCAAUGGUCUCCCUGAAUGUGUGAACAUGGCCAAAAGUAUGUUCAAACUCUGGAUGACCAACAACACUAACAGGAUUCAUCCAAACCUGCGCUCGGUCAUCUACUGCCAGGCUUUAGCCGCUGGGGGCCUGGAGGAGUGGGAGUUUGCCUGGGACAGGUUCCAGAACACCAGUGACAUCUCCGAAAAGGACCACCUCAGAGAGGCACUUGCUUGCACAAAGAAAAUCUGGCUCCUCAACAGAUACCUGGAUUACACCUUGAACCCUGACAAGAUCCGUCUGAUGGACGUGUCUUCUGUAAUCACCUCCAUUGCCUACAAUGAGGCGGGACAUGCCCUGGCAUGGAAUUUCAUUAGAGCCAAUUGGAAUUAUAUCAGCAAACUGUACGCUGGAGAAGUGAUUACUGAGAUCACCCAAAGAUUCUCCACACCAUUUGAACUGCAGGAGUUGGAACGUUUUUCCACAACGUAUGAUCUGGGUUACCUCUCUCGAGUGGUGCAAAGGGCUAUCGAGCAGACGAAGGUGAACAUUCAGUGGGUCAAAGAAAACAGAGAGACAGUUCUGAACUGGUUCUUGGCAGAGAUCAGUUAGCACAUUUUUAGGCUGCAUUCACACUUGAAAACUGUGACUAAACUGAGAAUUAAAUAUGUACAGACCAGGACUAGAACAUGACUGGAACAGGAUCAAACCAAGUCUACAAUAGAACUAAAUCACCCAAACCAGAACCAAACCAAGCAAGUGUGAACAAAGCCCUAAACCAAAAUGUCUCAGUAUCCACACAAUGAAUUCAUUUUCAUUAUUUACAAAUAAAAUAAACCAGAUUUUAUUUUUUCAUACCCACCAAAGAAUAUUAAUGUAUAUACAUAUGUGCCUUAUUUAUACAUGUUUACAUUUAUGAAAUGUAAAAUAAUGCUAAAUUGUUUGUCAUUAAAAUCACUUUAAUUACA